AUGUUGGUGCUAAUUCAGAUCUUAGUGCCAUUGGUACUUUUCAAUAUUGAUGUUGGAGCAAUGGGCGUGACUAGUUUGCCACCAUGCAAUUUCCCAGCAAUUUACAAUUUUGGUGACUCAAACUCAGCUACAAGCUCUAAUAGAUAUCCUAAUGCCGGGCGUCUCCUCAUAGAAUUUAUGGCUGAUUAUUUGAGAAUACCAUAUGUGAAUGCAUAUCAAAAUCUAAACACAACAAAUUUUCAAUACGGUGCCAACUUUGCAUCACCAGGAGCGUCUAUUACUCCCCAACAAUAUCCUGAUGGUAACCCCUUGGAUAUUGGAAUUCAAGUCAAGCAAUUUGGUGAGCUCAAAUUGCAAAGUAAUGAUGUUUAUAAACAAGCUAAGCAAACAAAUACGAGUAGACUCCCCAAACCCGAUGACUUCUCCAAGGCGCUUUACACUCUUGAUAUCGGUCAGAAUGAUCUUACCCUUUGCUAUAUAAUAAAUCUUGAUGUUCGGGUUGAAAUUCCAAAUAUAAUUAACAAAUUUGCCGCAGCAGUCAAAGUUUUGUAUCAGCAAGGGGCAAGGGCAUUCUGGAUACAUAACACAGCCCCAUUUGGUUGUUUCGGAUAUGCUAGCAGAUUGAUUGGGGAAUUACCCAAGACUCAAGAUCAAAAUAAAUGUUAUACCUUUAUGAAUGAAAUGUCCAAUGAAUACAAUAGACAACUCAAAGAAAAGGUGAACAAACUGAAGGUAGAGCUUCCAGAAGCUGCCUUAACAUAUGUGGAUCUUUACACCCCAGUGCAUGAAUUGCUCACCACUUACACUAACCUAGGUCUGGAAAACCCUACUUUUGAUGGUGUACACCGAAUUCAAUCUGCGAAUCAAUGGCUUGCUAAUCGUAUAGUCAACGGCUCAAUGUCAGACCCACCGAUUCCAAUAACCCAUGCAUGUCAUAAGCGUGUGGGCGCAUAA